GGAUCGCGCAGGAAGAGGCAGGCUCCGUAAAAAAAAACAGUGGUGAAAAUUUAUUUUCUUCCUCUGCGUCCGCGACCGAGAAGCAAGAAGAACAGAACAGAAGUGCAAGUGAAUCCGUGCGCGACGCGUUGUCCCGUGAGUGCUGCUGACUGGUUUUUCGCUUACUUUCGGUGGAAAAUGCAUCCGUUCCGGGUCGCGGUGGUCCGUUCGGUGUAAUCGGUGAUGUAACAGAUCCGGGUGGUGGUGCGAAAAUAGUUGGUGUUUUGUGCUGCGGUUUCGUUUUCGGGUGGAAUUUGAUGCAGUUGGCCCCCCGCAGCACGGGAAGAGCAGUGGGCGGAACGCUGGCUUUCUAUGAUUGAAUUUGCGUGAAUGGGAAGAAAAUCAAUUCGUGCAGGGAAGGCAGCUGGUGGUGCCAGGGGAGAUUCCGAUAAAAAUUGGGUGUGUUGGUGAAAAAGGGAUUUUCGCUUGAAAGUUUGUUGUUUUUCUUCGCGGGGAGAAGAUUGAAGGAAAUAAUCGAAGAAGACGGAAGAGAUCCCAGUCUGACGAGGGCAUUAUUUUUUUGUGUGUGAAAGGGCUCGACAGCCAGAGGCAAUCCGGUUUUCUGAGGCAGCAGCACAAAGAAGAUGCUGGGAGAAAACUAACGACGAAAGAAAAGCUGAAAAAGUGCAAGCGAAUGUGAUUAUAAGUUGAUGCUGCUGCUGGUGCUGGUGCUCUUGGUUGAUUCGAGUGUGGCCCUUCGGCGAUCUGCUGCUGGUGUGCUUCGGGAGGAAGCAGCUCUAGUGGAUGCUUAUGCUGAUGAUGAUAUAGGUGUGAGAGAGAAUAAAUUGUGCAAAAUUUUAGCCAUCAAAUCGCGAAAUGCCAAGUGAUGAACAACAUGCAAUUGUAUGCAUAGUGAGUAAGCCUACCGGAGAAUGGUGAUCACUGUAAGAAAAAUGCACCGAACCUCGUAGGCGAGAUUUUGCUUUGAUGCUGCGAAAAGAAGAAACUGCUGCUUCCGCUGUUGCAUCGCAGACGGUGGUGCAUUAAUACCUAGAGUGCAAGGUGGAAAACACUCCUACGCGUGACGCGCUGAUCAAUCGUGCACAUCGCCAAAAAAGGACUUGCCCUGGUUGGGCUGCUGCCAUCCGGUUCAAUUCUCCCAAAGUCGGAGACGCCAGCUUUGUCCCGAAUAAAACAGAUCGAUUGGCGCAAAAUUCGAGGAGAACAGUUCAACCAGCAAGAAUAGUGGUGAAACUAUAGUGCUAGGUGUAGGUAUCUUUGAAGGGGGUUCGCACUCGCACGCGGUUUGUGUGACACGAUCUUUCAACGUGAACCGAAAGCAGCUGGAGUUUAGGAAAGCAAAAAAAAAACAUACAAAAAACGAACGAAAGGCAAACCACAACCCGUGGGGAAGGAGAGAAGUGAUGGAACUGCUGCCACAAGCGCAAACAGCGGUCUAGCUUAGGAGGAAGUUGUUCGACACGAUGACUAAGCGUUUGGAGCCAGCGAGCGCGCAUUAUUAAAUGGAUCGAGUUUGGAGAAUCAAUUAAGACGGUACAACAACGACGCCAAUAAAUACUGGAGCACAGCGCGCGGCUCGAUGGCUUCGUCGUCGGUGAAUGGGAAAAUAGUCAAUGGUAAAAUGUCGAAUGCUGAUGACAUCUACGAGAACUUACCUUGCCGGGAGAUGCGGAACGGGACAGGUGGAGAGGAUGAGGAGGAAGGUGGCAGUGCGACUGCCAGUGGUGGUUGCGUUGAUGAUGAGUCCGCGUCGGGUGGGGGACACCACCAGCAGCACGAGAAUAACAACAAAAUUCAAAACAAUUUGGCCAUGAACAGCAAAGACAGUUUGUACGCGACUCCGUUGAAGAAAUCCGAUCGUCCCAAACCGCCGCAGGGGGCAACUCCAAAAGCACCAUCGCUCCAAUCGGGGCCUGGUGAUCAUCGACGGUCGACGCGUGUCGUCGACGAUAAUUUAAACAAUAGCUGCCCGGAUAGGGACGUGAAGAUAAUUAACGCCGAGCUGGAGGACAGGCGGAUACGAGACUUCCUGAAAGAUACCUCCCAAAUGCACAAAAAGAUCGAACUGCACAAAGAAUACCAAGGUUCGAACUUUUCCUACCUGGCACGGAAGGAGCAUUUUGUGAAUCUGGUGCAGCAAAAUGUUCUCAACGAAACGAUGAACGGUGGGAAUCAACCUAAAGAAGAACAAAUUGAUCAGAGUCUUCUGGGGUACAAAACCUUGGCCAACGAAGAGGAGGACAAGAACCUGGAUGUGGACAUCAACGAAUCCCUAGAUGAGUUGGAGGCUCGGUGCAACGAGAAACUGGAAAUGCUCACCAACUUGCAUCGAAAUCGUUCCGCCGAAAGGAGCCAGGAGGAUAACGAACAACUUGACCUAGAUCCGGCGCCAGUGCCCUCAUUGAAUGCUCCUCUGAGCCAGAAACCACCCUCUGGCAACAACCAGCUCCUCAAUGGCCGUGGAUCCCAUCAAGGAAGCAUCAAUCGAUUAACAAAAGUCUAUGAUCCGACACAGAGUUCGGAAAUCAACGCCUAUUUAAACCGGGAAUGGGUUCUCAAAAAGAUUGCCAUGUGCUUGGAGCAGAGAGCUUCCAAAAAACCGGUUCCAGUUCCUCCGGGUGCCGAACCUGCCGACUGUGUGCCAUCAUCCACUUCCGGAUUCUUCCCGCGAGCUGCUCCUGUUCAACAGUCGAAUCGCGGGGCUGAUCUCCCUUCGCUCGGAUACCUGGUUCUGGGUUCCAACGGGUCCGGCAAAACUUCGAUUUGCAACGACAUCAUCGAGGGCACUUCCGGCACCAAAGGUAUGCUCAAUCGACGUCUCCUGGCGUGCUACUUCGUAAACUCCCAGAACCCCGAAUGCCACAGUCUGAGCAUGUUUAUCCGCAGUAUUAUCCUACAAAUCCUGAGUCACUCGAGCUUUGUCUGCACAGCUGCGGCGUCCCAGAACGCUGCUCCCAGUUUAAACGAUCUCACAUGUAACGAGGGGGAACCUCAAACAAAGAUUAGCAGUAAUGAAGCCCUGCCGGAAGCAGACCAGAAACCACCCGAAGCAGUUGAAGCCAAAGUAGACGAGAAGGAACCCGUUGAAUACGACAAAGAACUGGAGGACAUGAUUCUCACGGAGAUCAAGAUCAACGAACGGGUCGCCGAGUUCUGCUCUAAGAAGAAAGUCUGCCGCCAACAGUCCGAACCUGUAGAAAGUCUCAGCCGUGACAAAGAAACACCCAACUAUCCGUACACAACUCAUCCUCCUCUGCAGAAGCCACAACCCGGCAGCGAAUCAGUCAAGAAGAAAGAUCAGACGAUGAGUCCCGGGCGGUCAAAGACAUCCAAGAUUCCGGUGGCCAUCGGAAGCAGUAUACGGUCCCCGACCAAGGCAAGCUCCAGCAAAGAACCGCCAAAACCCGAAGCGGACGAGGAAGAAAUCUUGGACGGCGGUGGCGAAGGCAUUGCCGAUCUGUCAGACAUCAAGCUGGAUGAGGAAAUCAACGAGGAGAUCAAAGAUCUCGAAUCGGAAAAACCACAACCUUCGGCUCCGACAGAGGAGUCUUCUCCGGUGGAAUCCGCCAGUAUUCCACCACCGUUACCAAAGUCGAAAAACUGCCGGCAAGUCAUUGCCGACGGAUACUACGAAAUGCUUUUGAGCAAUCCGGAUAUCUUCGAGUCCAUAACCGUGGACAGUAUUGAAAAGAACCCGGACGACUGUUUUAAGAAAGCUAUUCUGUUUCCUCUGUUGGAACUCUGCCCGCCGAAAAACGCCCUGCUAUUGUUGAUCGAUUCUAUUGACGAGAACUACAUCCAAGAUGGCAACCUUAUUUCCACCCUCAAAGGCAAACAGGUCACCAAGAGUCGGAACAUCGCCGAACUGCUCUCGAAUCACAUCCAUCUGAUGCCCAAGUGGUUGUUCAUGGUCUGCACGGCAAAGAAACAGAACAAAAACAUUACCAAACUGUUCACCGGGUUCAAGCGACUCACGCUGGAUGACCUGCGCAAAAGUCACGUAGUGAAGGAUGUCCAGCAGUACAUCAUCAACAGACUGAACACGGAUUUCCGUGGCAUCAAUCUUACCAAAGAUAUUAUCGAAAGUCUGAAUCAGCUCUACAUCAAAUCCAACGGUUGUCUCCUCUAUCUGUACAAAGUCCUGACCGGAAUCAAGGAGAACUUCUUCACCUUCCGGGAGAUUAAGCUUAUCCCUUGCACGCUGAAUGGUCUCUACCUGUACAUCUGCCAAAAGUCCUUCAACAAGAAGCAGUACAACAAAAUUCGGCCCAUCCUGAACAUUCUCUUGGUCUGCAACAACUACGUCGACAAGUACUUCCUGUUUAACUGUCUGCGAACCCACAACUACUCUCUUGAAAUGGAAGAAUUCGAUAAACGCCUCGAUCUCAUGCGAAACAUCGUCGAGUACAGUCCUCGCAAUCCCUGUGCGUUGAAGAUCUUCCACAACUCGUUCUGCGAUUGGCUCAUCGACGUCAAGUUCUCCACCAAGAAGUUCCUGUGCGAUCUGAACGAAGGCCACGUCAUGGUUUCCAUGUACUACACCAUGGUGGCCGAUCAACUAUGCCCAAACAAGCUCCGGCUCUACCUUUACCACCUGAUCAAAACCGGCGAGUAUCUCACCAACAAGAACAUCGACCUCGAUCUGCUCCUCAUCCUGCUGGAAACCAAGUCCAACCUGAGCGAUUGCUUCUACACCAAUCUGCUCAACUGUUGUGCCCUGUGCGAGGACGAGUGCAAAAACGACGUUAAUCUGGCGUGCAAGACCCGCCUGAUGCUCGAGCGCUACCUAAAUGUCGAACUGAACGAAGAGUUUGCCGGAUUCCUGAACGACUUCUUCAAGCCGAAUCUCCCGACGGACUGCAAGGUGCUGAAGUUGCUCAUCGAGACUGGCAUCAACAAUGCCGAUACGGCGCUGUCCUGUGAAUCGUCGGCCAUUAACUCCCCGGUGCUGUCGGAUCGGUCGCAGAACAUCGACUCCGAGCUGGCCGAACUGCUGAUUUCGAGCGAGAAGAGUUGCCAGCAGGAGUUGCAGAAGUCGAUCAACUUGAAUUUGCAACAGUGCGGCGGCGGGGAACAUUUGGGUUUGGUGGCCGCGGGUGGGUUCAGUGGGGUGGAUCGUUACGACGGUGGGGCGGGCGGGCAUCACGAGAUUGUGGAACGAUGCGAGAGCGGUGUUGGCGGAGGUGACGGCAGCGGUAUCGGAGACUCGAAGUCCGAUAUUCAGAACGAUCGGGUGCAGUACGAUAUGUUCGAUGCGGAGCUGCACAAGGGCAAGGCGUUGAUCCACAUAUUGGCAAAUGAAGGGAAUCAUACGCUGCUGGAGCGGGCGUUAAAUGCCUGCAAAGACCCGAUUGACCUGGAAAUCGAAGAUCUCAACGGCCAGACGGCGCUCAACAUUGCCGCCCGCAACGGGCACAUCGAAAUCGUUCGGCUCCUCCUGUACUACAAACAACCACUGAACGAUGGUACCGGUCGGUUCCGGAAGAUUGACGUGAACCAUGCAGAUCGGGACGGUUGGACCCCGUUGCGAUCGGCUUCCUGGGGUGGGCAUACGGACGUGGUAAAGCUGCUGAUCGAAAGUGGCGCUUGUGCAAUAGACCGGGCGGACAAGGAAGGCCGGACGGCACUUCGGGCGGCGGCCUGGAGUGGCAAUGAGGAUAUUGUGAAGAUCCUGAUCGAGGCCGGAGCGAACGUUAACUCGAUCGAUAAGCAGGGCCGGACGUCGCUCAUUGCGGCUUCCUACAUGGGGCAUUACGAUAUCGUGGAGAUUUUGCUGGAGAACGGGGCGGAUGUAAACCAUACGGAUCUGGACGGAAGGAAUGCACUGUGCGUAGCGGCCUUGUGUGGAAGUUCUGGAUACAGUAAGGUGAUCUCAACGCUGUUGGAGUAUGGGGCUAACACGGAUCAAACGGAUAACGAGGGAAUGUCACCGCUGCUGGUAAGUUCGUUUGAAGGAAAUUCGGAGAUUUGUGAGUUGCUUCUGGAGAAUGGUGCGGAUCCGGAUAUGGCAGAUCACAUGGGUAGAACUCCCCUGUGGGCAGCCUGUACUUCGGGUCAUGCCAACGUUGUGAAGUUGCUGUUGUUUUGGGGAUGUGGAAUCGAUUGUAUGGAUUCGGAAGGUCGAACGGUUCUAAGCGUAGCAGCUGCCCAAGGUAACCUGGAAACUGUAAGGCAGCUUCUGGAUCGAGGCCUAGAUGAAACGCACCGAGAUAACGCAGGAUGGACACCUUUGCAUUACGCGGCCUUUGAAGGAUACGCGGAUAUCUGUAUACAACUUCUUGAAUCUGGUGCCAAGAUCGACGAAUGUGACAAUGAAGGUAAAGCCGCGUUGCACUUAGCCGCACAAGAAGGACACAACGCAGUGCUGGAAGCCAUACUGAAUGUUCAUAGGCCUUGCAUCGAUCAACGAGCUCACGACGGAAAGACGGCCUUCCGGUUAGCCUGUCUGGAAGGGCACUUUGAGUGCGUUCAGACAUUGCUCCGAUUUGGCUGCGAUGUGAACUCGAAGGACGCCGAUUCCCGUACGACGCUCUACAUUCUGGCGCUGGAGAACAAGCUCAAAGUGGUGAAGUUCCUGCUGGAAUACUCGAACGUGGACGUUAACAUUCCGGACAGCGAAGGUCGAACGGCACUACACGUGGCAUCCUGGCAGGGUCACGCCGAAAUGGUUAAGCUGUUGAUCACGUUAGGUAAUGCCGACGUCAACGCAAUGGAUCUCGAGUCGCGAACCCCGCUGCAUUCGUGCGCCUGGCAGGGCAACCACGAAGUGAUGCAGCUGCUGCUAUACUACGGAGCCAUUCCGGACCAUGCCUGCAAGCAGGGUGCCACGGCGCUGGGCAUCUCCGCCCAGGAAGGGCACGAAAAGUGCGUUACCUAUUUGCUCAAAUACGGCGCCAAUCCGUACAAAUCCGACCACUGCGGUCGGACGCCAAUCAAGCUGGCCGCAAAGUCCAACCGGAACAACGUUCUCCGGAUAUUGGAGAAUUUUACCAAAAACGACCUCGACGGAGGAAAAAUGGCUGCCCAUCAGAGUUUGAACUUCAAAUCUCCGGACGAGCUACCACCGUCAUCUUCGAUACAUAAUCCGUCGCCUUCGGGGCCCUUUCCGAAUCCGAGUUUGUUGAUGCCCAACAGCAGUGGCGGCGGUAUCGGUAAUAACUGCAACAGCAGCAGCACCAGCAACAACAAUAACAACAACUCCCCGUCUUUGAAUGCAACGACCAGCUCGACGCAGAACAGUAAUUUCUACGAGAAUACCAUGCAGUCGGACAACAGUAGUCUGCAGAAACGGAAAAGUGUCAUCUCUAGUCAAUCGACCGGUAGCAGUAACGAGCAAGCGCCCAUGUCUUUCACACAACAACUGCAGAAACACUCCCGGCAUCACAACUCCAAAUCGCACCACAUUGUACAGCAGCAACAUCAGCCCCACCAGCAGGCUUCUAGCGGUGGCGGCGGUGGUGGAGAAGGAGGAGGAUCAGGCACCAACAACAAGUUCGGUGGCAAAAAACAUUCCCAAAUUCUGCCAAACGUGGAGGAAUACCAGACUAAUAUCGCUUCAAACAUUCGGAUGAACCACCCGAACGAUGCCGACCUGUUCGAUUUGGGUUGUAUGUCCCCGCUCUACGCUACGCCACCGCACUCGCCGAGCAGUGAUGUGAGCUCCCCCGGUCAGAAUCAACCGCCCUCGUCAUUGGCCCUGCUCGGCAAACAGUUCGAAGAGAUGAACAUCAGCCUGUCGAACAACAGUACCAUCAUGCAUCCGCCGGAUAACCACUUUGCUCGGGAUACCCAUAUGCGAAUCAUACUGGGGAACAAUCAGAAGGAGCAGCAGCAGGGAGGAAAAUCAUCCAAACGCAGUGGCAUAGCGACGAAUCCGGCCAUGCGGCUGAUUCGCAACCGGAUCGACUCGGCUGCCCAGCUGAUCCGACGGACGAACAACAUGCUGUCGAGUAGCGGCAGCAAUCAGGGUUCAUCCAGCAUAGGAGUCAAAUCCGGCACGUUCCAGUGGCGCAAAGAGAGCCAGAUGUAAGUCCUCACAGUGAGAAAGACAAAAAAACAAACAGGGGUUUUCAAAAAGUAAGUUUUCGCGCAAUGCCAUAAAUACCGAGCGGAAAAGCGCUGGCAAGUUGCAAAAUGAAAAGUAUUAAUCGAACAAAUUUUACAAAAUGAAGAGACUGUACAGCACUUAAACAAACAAGCAAAAAAAGAAGAAAAAUGGCGCCUACACUCUACUUUACCGACACUUGUUGAGAAUAACACGUGGUGGUAGGGGAAAUUCCGUAACGAAGCGAGAGACCUGUUUGGUAAGCAUUUAUUUUCCGGUUUUUCUGUCUCGCUAAGAUUUAGCAAUCUUAGACACUUGACCCCCUUUGGAAACUGAGAACCGUAAGCACUAGUAAACACAUACACUUACUAGUUACUCUAUACCUAGAGGAUAACACAACAGAACAGAACGAGAUUAGAUUGAUUGACUGGUUGUUAGAGGACGUGAAUCAAAUGAACCAAUAAGUUGUUGUGAAGCGCACUUUUACUCGGUAUUUAGGACAAAAGAGUAUACCAAAAAAACACACACAGGAACAAGCUACUACAUACAUAGGUUCAAAGUUAUAACCAUUGAAUACUAUAUGAACUCGGUCGGUUAGUGGUAGGAGAGAAAGAGAAAAAUGGCAACACUGCGGUUAGGUAACUACGACAAUUGUACAGUUAGAUGGCGCGAUUUUUAGUUCAUUGUUCUUUUAGAGCCAUUUCUUUUUUGUUUUAAAAGUUUUGUUUCGUUUUCAAAGUGUAACGUCACCUAGAAAUUUUAAAGAACAUAUGUGUUAU